UCAGGUGAGAUCCUGCCUUCAGGUGUGAUGAUGCUCCAUCCCGUCAGAGCGCUGCAGCUCCUGCUGCUCCUGCUGCUGGUGCACACCGGCAGCUCGGCUGUCCACAACAACGCCACCGAGGCGCAUCUCCUCCACCUGGACCGGGAGCCUGAGGAGAAACCGGCUGAGGAAGACUUGAACACGGCCAGAACCGGGGGGAGGCGGAGGACUGACGCUGCAGACAACGGUCCGGACCAGAACCAGGUGGGCUGCCGAGAGCUCCGGUCCACCAAGUACAUCUCCGAUGGCCAGUGUACCAGCGUCAACCCCAUCAAGGAACUGGUGUGUGCUGGUGAGUGUCUGCCGGCCCACUUGCUGCCCAACUGGAUCGGCGGCACCGGCUCCAAUGGGAGGUACUGGAGCCGCCGAGAGGCCCAGGAAUGGCGCUGCGUUAUCGACCGGACCAGGACCCAGAGGAUCCAACUGCAGUGUCCUGACGGCAGCUCCAGGACCUACAAGAUAACGGUGGUGAUCUCCUGCAAGUGCAAGCGCUACAGCCGCCAGCAGAACGACUCUGGACACAAGGACAGGACCACCCAGAGCGCCGCCCACAGGAGGAACCCGGAGAAGGCCGAGCUGCUGGACGCGUCAGCGGGGACCCAGUCAGACACCUAACACCUCCUCACACUGACCCAACAAAAACAGUUGUUCAUGGAUGAACC